AUGGUGAUUUUGGAUGUCUUCAUCAACAAUUUACCGAUUCGUCUGGUACACGGCAUCUAUCCGCUACUACUUGGAGUCUUCUAUGGCCUCUUCACCUACAUCUACUGGAUCUCCGGAAGUGUGGGUUUCAUUGGCAACGGAAUCAUUUACCCCAUUCUGAAUUGGAACAAACCUGGCUACGCUGUUGGAGCUUGCGUCGCAGUCUUGCUUUUCUGCGUCGUCAUUCAGUGCCUGUUGUAUCUGCUGUACUUUUCGCGGACCUACCUUAGUUAUCUGGCGGGUGGACGUGGAGUGGCCACCUUCCGCAAUUUCUGUCCAGAGAGCACCGAUGAAGACCAGCUGGUCAAUCGUGAAGCCUCUGACCCUGAAACACGCUCCUGCGUGGAGCCUUCACCCAAAUCCUACAAUAGCCUCGAGUGA